AUGGCAGAUAGAAGACAACUGUUUGCAGAGAUGCGUGCUCAGGAACUUGAUUCCAUUCGACUGUCCACGUACAGAACUGCCUGCAAGCUCAGGUUCAUCCAGAAAAAAUGCAACCUGCACUUGGUAGAUAUUUGGAAUGUCAUUGAGGCUUUUCGCGAGAACGGUCUCAACACCAUGGACCUAAGCAUGGAGCUUUCAGUGUCUUCUCUAGAAGCAAUACUUUCCACCGUCUUCUACCAGCUGAACAAACGCAUGCCCACCACACACCAGAUCAGCGUGGAGCAGUCCAUCACCCUGCUCCUUAACUUCCUAUUGGCUGCUUAUGAUCUAGAUAGCCUUGGAAAAGUCUCUGUUUUUGCUGUGAAGAUGGCCUUGGCUACAAUUUGUGGAGGAAAGAUUCUGGACAAAUUGAGAUAUAUUUUUUCCCAGAUCUCUGAUUCCAGUGGCAUAAUGAUAUACUCCCAGUUUGACCAGUUCCUUAAGGAGGUACUCAAACUCCCCAUGACCGUGUUUGAGGGGCCGUCAUUUGGUUACACGGAACAAAGUGCAAAGACCUGUUUUACACAACAGAAAAAAGUUUCUCUGAACACAUUCCUGGACACUUUCAUGUCAGAUCCACCCCCUCAGUGUCUGGUUUGGCUGCCACUGAUGCAUCGACUGGCUAAUGUGGAAAAUGUCUUCCACCCAGUUGAGUGCUCCUACUGCCGCAGCGAGAGCAUGAUGGGCUUCCGCUACCGCUGCCAGCGAUGUCGUAAUUACCAGCUUUGUCAGGAUUGCUUCUGGAGGGGGCAUGCCAGUGGUUCCCAUAGCAACCAACACCAAAUGAAGGAGUACACGUCAUGGAAAUCCCCGGCUAAGAAGUUGUCGUAUGCCCUCAGUAAGUCGCUGAGCUGUGCGUCCAGUGGAGAGCCGCUGUACCCCCUGUUCCCUGACACCCCCGAGAAACCCCUAAACCUAUCCCAUGUGGUUGACACAUGGCCUCCCAGACCAGUGAACAGUGCCAGUGACUUCAUAUUGUCCCACUCCAUGCCCACUUCUGCCAGCCCUUUCUCCAGCAAAAUAGAGCGUAAUACCCAGAGUGCUGAAGUGACAGAGACAAAGCGUUUGUCUAGGGCUGCCACAGAUCUGUUAAGAGGGAAGGGGUACCAGUACAUUCAUGAUAUUGCUGAUAGACUUGCAGAUGAACAUGUACUCAUUGGACUGUAUGUAAGUCUCCUACAAAAGAAGCCGACAUGUACCCAGGAUGAGGAACACUGCCUCAUCGCUCACUAUGCCUCCCAGUUAGCCUCCAAUGGAGCAGCCAUGGUAAGAUCCAGAAUGCCUCCUGAUAUCUCACACACGCUGGACGCCAACAGACAGCAAAGACAGCUAAUCGCUGAGUUGGAGAACAAAAACAGGGAAAUCUUACAGGAGAUCCAGCGUCUGAGACUACAGCAUGAAGAAGCCUCCCAGCCUGCUAUGGAUAAUACCAACCACAGUCCCGCCCUACUCACUGAACUCCGACUGCUCAGGCAGAGGAAGGAAGAGCUGGAGCAGAGAAUGGCGGCUCUGCAGGAAAGUCGUCGAGAGCUGAUGGUUCAGCUGGAGCAGCUCAUGAUGUUGUUAAAGACACAAGGGACAGGCAACUCGGGGAGCUCCACCCCAAGUCACUCCGUCAGCACCCCCAUCCCUAUGCCCAUACAGAGCACCUCCACCUGCACCACACCCGCUCACACACCUCAGGACUCCCUCAUGGGCGUGGGUGGCGACGUUCAGCAGGCCUUUGCUCAGGGCUCAUGUAGAAAUUUAAGGAACGAUCUGCUGAUGGCAGCUGACUCCAUUACUAACACAAUGUCCUCACUGGUCAGAGAACUGAACGCAGAGGCUGAUGCUAAAUCAGAGGCUGGUGUUGACUUGGAUGCAGAUCAGCCUCACUCUCUCAGAUCUGUUGCCUCAGACACGCUUCAUGGCCAGAGCCACUUCACAAAACCAAGGGGGUUGGAGGAAGCAGACCAGGGAGAGAGCUAUGAGAAUGACCUGGCCCGGCGGCUGGAGAACGAACUGAAGGUGGAGGACAUGAUGAGACAGAGGGAGGAGCAGGAAAAGGGAUUCAUGCCGUGUUUCAUGCCCAAAAGUGUAUGUGUAUGGUGGGAGAACCAGCACAAUGGCAUGCAGUCCACAUGA